AUGGCCAACAAGGUUCAAUUGCAUUCAAAUCAGGAGAAUUUCCAGGCCAAAGAAGACGUUGAACACCUGCAAUAUCAAAAACUCGUUGUUGAUAAUGAUGGAUAUGAGAAGGAGCUUUAUCUUCUUGAACCACUGUUUCAGGACGCUCAAUCAUACACUCUUGAGCAAAAGGUAGAAGUUUCGGGAUAA